CAUGGCAGAGGCACUGGUCAGUCUCGCUCGCAGCAACUUGGAAUGCUCUCCGAUGUCGAGCCGCGGCUCCGGCAGCCUCUAACGCCCCGCGACCAGCACCAGACCGCCGCACUCGGAUCGAUGCUCGCGUAAAAGCCCGCAGCCGCCCUGUCACCUACACAGUUGUGAAAGGAGAUCUAGUGUGGCUGCAAUGAGAAGCAACCCAUUGGAAUUCCACCUGGUGAACAUUGUGAAUCUGCUAUCUUCCUUCUCUCGUUUCCAGGCGUGAAGACAUGCUUACUAGCACCAGCUUUUAUGGUCUAAAGAUGCAGUGGACCCCAGAGCACACACAAUGGGCAGAACAACACUUUGACAUCUCAUCCACUACCCGCUCUCCAGCGCACAAGGUAGAGGCCUACCGGGGACACUUACAGCGAACGUACCAGUAUGCGUGGGCAAACGAUGAUAUCUCCGCACUGACUGCCUCCAACCUGCUUAAGAAGUACGCAGAGAAGUACUCUGGGAUCCUCGAAGGCCCGAAUGAAAGAGCUCUUCUCUGUUCCUACUCUGACGGCACCACUGGACUCUUGAAUGGACGAAAGUCGGAGAAUGAGCCCUGGCAGGAGGGGAUUUACCCGAUGAACUGUGCUCCAGAUGUUAUAUCUGUGAGCAAAGCUGGAAUGACAGCUGCCCUACCCCCUACAGAUGCGUCAGCUAGCAUAGGCAGCUCCCCGGGGGUGGCGAGCAGCUUGUCUGAGCCGAGCUAUUCCAGCAGUAACUGCGGGAGCCACACGGCCACGACUCUCCACUCGAGCCUUUCCUCUCAGGAAUACAGCGCCGGCUACAACGGCCCCUACCUGCAUUCUAGCUACAGUGGCCAGACAACCCCGGCCCUCCCUUCUCCACAUCCCUCUCCUUUGCACAGCGCCGGGCUCUUACAGCCCCCGCCGCCGCCUCCUCCCCCCACCUUAGUACCGAGCUACAAUGGCGCGUCUCCAAACCUUCCCAACUACAAUUAUCCGCCAACAGGGUAUCCCUCUCAAACGGCUGUCGGCCCCGGUUAUAGCCCCGGGGGAGUGCCCCCUCCUUCUGCUUAUCUGCCAUCCGGCAUCGCGGCGCCCACGCCGAUUCCUUCCUCCACUCUGCCUGGCUACACCUACCAGUCCCACAAUCAUACGCCGAUUGCCCCGGCACCUCUAAAUGGCAGCACAUCCAACUCAUUAAAAAGAAAGGCUUUCUACAUGAGUGGACAUGGAGAAGUGGACUCUAGCUAUGGUGACUUCAACUACAACCAACAGCGCUCUUCUCAGAGUCCCAUGUAUAGACUAGCGGACAGCAGUGUCUCAGACUCCAACCGGGGCAAUGGCUUUGACAGAAAUGCUGAGGCCUCCUCUUUGGCAUUCAAGACAACCAAACAGACAAUAUCUUCUGAUCAGCAAAGAAAAUUUAGUAUACACUCUAGCAGGGCUCUGACUCCUCCAUCCUUCGGAUCGUCUAAAAGCUCUGUGGAUGACCUCCGAGCUGGCGAGCCCUACAGCAAGUUUGGAUCCCCGAUAUUGAGCGAACAAAGCGAAGAGCACAGACAACACCUGCCUCACUCACUAUCGGGGCCCGAUGUCGGUACGCCUACCUCGUCCAUCCUUGCUGCAGAGGAACAACUGAAGAACAGCGAUCCCAACCUGGUGGACAUGGUGACGGCAGAAAUCCUUCAGCAGUGCCCUCAGGUUGAUUGGAGUGACAUCGCCGGACUCGAAAUGGCCAAAGCGGCCAUUAAGGAGGAGAUACUAUGGCCCAUUUUAAGGCCAGAUAUGUUCAAUGGACUUCACGCAUUACCUCGUAACCUUCUUUUAUUUGGACCUCAGGGAACGGGCAGAACGCUGAUGGCUCGCUGCAUGGCCAGCCAGCUGGGGGCCGCCUUCUUGCGACUUAGCAGCUCCACACUGGUGACCAAGUGGUUGGUGGAGGGGGACAAAGUCAUUCAGGCUUCUUUCCUGGUGGCUCGGUGUCGCCAACCGGCAGUGGUUUUCAUCAGCGAAGUGGACCUCCUCCUGUCGGCCCAGCUCAGCGAGGACAGCCCAGUGAGUCGACUGAAAGCUGAACUCCUCAUGCAGCUCGAUAGUAUUUUGUCCUCCGCUGAGGACCACGUUCUUGUGGUCUGCUCCACCAGUAAACCCGAAGAGAUUCCGGAGUCCCUAAGGAGGUACUUUACCAAGCGAUUGCUCAUCCCCUUACCCGACGGGACGGCACGACACCAGAUAAUCAGCCAAGUGCUCUCACAACCCAACUACUGUCUUAGUGACAAAGAGAUGUCAUUACUGGUUCAGAGGACAGAAGGUUUUUCAGGACUGGACGUGGUUCAGCUUUGUCAAGAGGCCGUGGUGGGCACUCUCCACGGCGUUCCUGGUUCCGACCUGUCGAGUAUCCACCCAAGACAAAUGAGACCAGUCUCUUUUCAAGACUUCGACAAUGUGUUUUGUAAAUUCCAGCCUAGCAUAUCACAAAAAGAACUUGACACAUACACUGAAUGGAAUAAAAUGUUUGGUUGCAGUCAAGGAAAUCAAUGAGAUGCUUCUACCGUGAUUUCAUAAAAGAGUUUUGGGUGGUUAUCAUGCACUGGGCUGGAAGAAUCACUAACAUGAACACACUUGAUAUGGUCGAGGGUUUGGCAUUGAGUGCUUUAGAUGUAAAAUGAGCAACCCGUAAUUUGAUAAAUUGGUACAUGGCUGGAGUUACUUGUUCACUAAAAGACUUGUAAAGGAUACCCACUCCCCACUUCUUGUUUUUGUAUAUACAUACAUAUAUAUGACGAUACUAUACUGCGGAUUUUGAGAUUUAGUUGCUAUCAAGUGCCUGAGGUGGUGCUGUUUCAAUUUUCUUUUUUUUUGCCUCACUAUCUUCAUUGGUGACAUGUGCUAAUAGUGCAAUUAAAAAACAAAAAAAACAACAACAAAAAAAAGCUUUAAAAUGAGACAAAAAAACCUGCUUUCUCUUUUCCAUUAGAACAGCUGUGUCUGUUGUGUGCUCUUUGUGAACAGUUAUUUUGAGCUAAAUUAAAUUUUAUGGGCAUAAUUUCAGCUUCAUCUUCUGGCAUAUUUUGUACUGUAUGUAUAAAUGAUUUAAUUACGGGGGAAAAAAACAAAAACAUUUACGUACUCAUACUUUGCAUACACACUUUGGUCCAGUAAGAGUCGAGCAAGUUGGUAUUUUUUCGCUCCUCCAAUGUAGAUACAACAUAGAGUCAAUAUUAUUUUACAAUGUGGUUUCACUUUAACCAAUAAAUUACUAUGUAAUCGUUGUUAGUUAGUAAUUCAGUGUUUGACCUACAUGUAAAAUGAGACCAUCCAAUGUUCUUUAUUUUGAAAACUCAGGAAAGUGAUUAAGGUAGAGUCACCAAAUACAGCUAAGCCCAAUAUUAUUCACACCUUUUGCAUUUCCUCUUCCUUCUCAAGUGUGAAAUGAUCGCAGACAUUUACGCACUUUCCUCCUGGCUCAGCCCUGUCACUUGUUUCUAUACAGAGUGGUGCGUGCAAGUGCAGUAACGUUUGUUCGUGUGGGAAAAUCAUUACUGCCGGGCUUCGAGGCAGAGAUUUGGCUUUGACUUAAUGGAGUUAUUCGAGUUAUUCGAUUAAUCGUUUCAGCGCUGGACAAAAAUGCUGAUCUCUGGAAAUGAUGCGAGGACAUUGAGAAAGACGAUGUUAAGCGACAUUAAGUUAUUAUAUAUUAUAAUUCACAGAAACAUCUAGUAGAUUAGAAUGCUGUCGAAGUGUAGGUUAUAGUAGAAGUCACCGAAUUCUUUAGAAUUGUGCAUAAGAUUGCAUUUCCUCUAAAGUGUGUCGAUCAGAUCACUGGUAUGGUUCAUUUAUAAACUGUAAAAUAAUUAUCUCUAACCCAGAUUCUUCAUCUUUCACAAAUUUCUUGUGUAAUUUCCAGCUAAAAGAUACCCACUCAACAGUUUAACACCACAUUUUGCAAGGGUACGAAUCAUUUUGGGCUUAAUUGUACAUUUCCAACACUACACACCACAAGAAGACUUACAUCUGAAAUUGUAUCAAACAACCAUAUACGGCUGUAAUACCUCAGCAAGUGAGAAAUGAGAUGGUUUCUACAAUGAAUGUAUAUAUUUAAUUUUGAUUUAUUUCCGAGGCCAAUAGUAAUCUGCUUUGUGGUGUUUCCUUGAAAUGGAACAUUGUAUUAUGAUUAGAGAUUUGCCUUUGAAGAGAAUGGUACUGUUAUUUAUCUUGAAUUGUUGCCUGCGGCUGAUUCUGUAGUUAUUUUCAAGGCGCUAUCACACAGAAAAUCAUACACAGUGAUUCUGGUCUUUGAGUUCCCCCGUUUGGAGGCUCAGCUGUACAUCUCGCAAUGAGAGCCGUGUAGAAUUUGAAAAAGGUGCAGACAAACAUCUUGGGGUUGAGCGAGAAAAACUGCCCGGAGCCAUUUCAUUCCAUCCUGCUGCUGUUUUAUCAUUAAUGAAACCGAAGGAUUAUGUAUCACCUAAGUUGCUUUUCUACCUCAGUUUGUUAGUUAUCUCUGAAAGACAAAUAUGUGACAGCAGCUGUUUUAAAAGAAUGCCAGUAUUAUUAUUAUUAUUAUUUAACUUUAUUUUAUUUUUCAGUAAGUGCAAAAUACAGUCAAUCUAAAAAGUCUGCACACCCCUGUUGAUAUGCCAUUAUUUUGUGAUAUAAGACAAUUAGACCAGGAUGAAUCAUUUCAAAACAUUUUUGGACCAUUAAUGUGCCCUAUAACUUGUAAAAGUCAACUAAUUUAUUUUAAUCUUUUCAAGUGGGAAGGAAAAACAAACUCGGAUCAUGUGGUUGCACAACUGUGCACACCCUCUUUGGAUGUGGUUUUGAUUAACCCCAAAUCAAUUUCAGAUCUUCUCGUAGGCUUUUCCCAAUUUUAUUAUUUUUUUUCACUCUCCCUAAAAGAUUGUUUUCUUUUAAUUGUGUGUGCACGUUUAAUGCCUUUAUGAAGAAUGGAAGAAACAUUUUGCAAUGAUUUAUCAUGGUCUCAUAUUUCAUAUCACGCAAAAAAACUAGCAUUUGACCAUAGGUGUGAAGACUUUUUAUAUCCACUCUAUAUGUGCUUUACAAUUUGAUAACACAUGAUCCUCUAAAAGGGGAAUACCACUGAUGGUGUUUGCUCUAAUAUAUGAUCACUUAUCACAACGAUAUCACACAAUGUAGAUCUAUUUCCACAUUUAACAGCUUAGUUACUUUGAAAGAAACAAAAAAGCAGAAUGUUUAUGGAAGACACGCUGUGACACUGUCUCAGUCUAUAAUUGUAACAUCCAUGAGUUGAGUGGCACUCCUUUGACUUGAGGGCGAGUGGCAAGAUGUGACAAAGUGUUAUUUUUAGACAUUUAUUUAUACCUGUUUGUUGUUAUUAAGCGGUACAUAAUCCAAACAACGUUUUUGGCGAUAAAAGAAAGAGCACGUCUGACAAGUGAGUUUGGCACAUUUGAAUGUAUGAUGUCCUCUGGCCUGAAACAACACGAAGUACUCGCACAGUGAUUGAAAAAAAAAAAAAAAAAAAAAAAAAAAAUGGCACUGAAGUAGAUAGCACUGUUGUUCUGUUGCACUAAACUUGGUUUCAAAGAGGUCCUGUUGUGUUUUUUUCUUACUAUUGACAAUUAGCAGAUGAUUAUCAUUAUAUAGCUCCACUCACGUCGCGUCAUUAUGCACUAAUGAGAUUCAAUCCAAGAAUUUAGUUUGAUGGAGACUGUCGGAAAAAGAUUUAGAGUUUUUUGUGUACAAUUGCAUUCAAUCCUAGAGAGGUUUUUACAGGACUAUAUAUUGGAUUUCAUUGUAUGUGUGGCUACAUAACAACAUAAGAAGCUACAAAGCUUGUGAUGCCUAUGUGUAGUUUUACUGUGCAUUCUGGUCUUAAAAUACAUUUUCAUGAACUAAACACAAUAAUCCAGAUGCCAUUUCAUUUUUUUUAUGCGCUGUGAGAUCAACUUGGGAAUCAUGGGCAUUGCUCAUUAUUAUUGUAUUUUUAUUUUUGAUUCACCUAAGUAGAAUGUAUAUUAGUAUGUGUGUUUCACUGCUGUUAUUUCUUCAUGAUUGAUAAUUUAACACGAAUCCACAAUCUUUCCAAAGCUGAUUGGGUGUUCAUUUGCGUAAUGUCGAAAUAUGUGUAGAUUUUUCAUAAACACACUUACAAUCAUGAAUAGAAAAUGUGUCUGAGUACUACUACUGCGACAUAGUGUAGUAACCGCUAAGGGUUGUUAGUGAUGCAUUGAAAAGAAAAAAACGUUUGAAAAGCUAAAGCAGGACUUUUGACAAAGUGGUAAAAUUGCAAGAAGUCACAAUAUUACAUUUGCUGUUGUGUGACAUGUUGAAUUUGAAAACAUCUUAAGCAGUCGUCAUUUUAACACAGGCAUACUGCAUGUUCACACUUGUAAUAUUUUGACUUUUUCUUCAUUAUUCUCAUAGUAUGUAUUUUUUUGUCUUUUCAAUGCGACUUUAAUCCUACUUUGUAGAAAACAAGUAAUUGGGGGUCACCCACUAGUUUAAAAAAAAAAAAAAACGAAGAAAAAAGUACAAUGUUAUGAAUAAUUGCACUUUUCUUGAUUGAGGCCAAAGUAAAACAGCUUUCUUUUGACUAUGUUAGAGCUCAAAACAGCUGUGGUACAUGUAGAUAUUUUGAAAUUGACACUUAUUAUAUUUACACUCUCAUCUGGCAUUGUUUAGUAUUGUGUCAUGGUAUGGGAAAUAGUUUAACAGGCUUGACUCUUUUUUUGUUUUUAUUAUUGAACAAACACAGUCCAAUCUUGUUCAAAGCAUGCUUUACCAAGCUGUAUUAUUGGCUGGCAAUUUGAAUAUAUUAUUGCAAGCUUUUAUUUGACAAGACGGUGACAAGAAGCCCUAAGUGCCAUUAGAAAGCACAGAAUUCAUGUGUUUAAGCGAUAUAGAGGUUCAAGAACAUACAGAGUGAUGUACGCUUACAAAGAGAACAUGUAAAUCGCGAUGAUCUCAAAACAGGUUUUUGGAAAAGGCAAAUCAUUCCUAAGUAUGGCACAAGGCUAAGGAGUCGCAUUAGUGUGGGUUUAAUUGUUAUCACAUCUCAAAUGAGGACAGUCACAUCAGUCACAUAUUUAUUCAAACGGGGUGUGUGUGUUUCACCUGCUGUCAAUGUUAGAAUUAUAAUUUGUCAUUCAUUAUUAAGGGUGACGCGCCGAGAAGGGCCGUGGUCACCGACGAUACUUGAGCAGAAUCUUUGAUAAGCACAUCAAUCCUCACGGUGAUACGUUUUCUUUUUGUUUGUUUGUCUUUUUCGCUCACUUCAUACUUUUGCUUCCAUCCGUUACGGUAUGUAGUUUGAGCUGGUAAUCUUUCUUUGUAUGCAUUUCUACCUCAUAAUCACUGCAUAAUGUAGAUGUAGUUUGUAUGUCUUUUGUUUUUAUUAUUAUUGUCAAUCAUUUGUGGAAUAAAAAAGAUGGAAAGUCAGCAACACAAAAAAACGAAUAAAAAAUGUGCCCUUGAAACUGAACAGUCUACCUCGUAAAGACUGUCUUUAUUUACACUGGCUACUGCAAAUCACACAGGGGGGGAAAGUUGGUGGGGUAAAGAAAGUAUAAUUGGAUUCAUUCCCCACUAAAAAGUGUUACGGACUGCAAGAUGUGAAUUCCCCCCACCUGAGAAAAUCCAAUCCAAUGUGAACUAUUGUCAUGUCAGUGUAUAUGGAUGUGCCAAUUUCCAAGUGUACAAGGGUGGGGACACAUUUGGACUUAUCCAUGUACAGACAGUGAACUUGCACAUAGCUGUACCUAUUGUACAUUUGCUUAUAGCCUACAGCAUACAGUACAUAAAAAGCACCACAUACAUGUUUAUACGUGUGUAUGUAUUGCCAUAGUACAGUGACUUUAAAUGUAUUUUAAUUUUAU